AGCGCUUUUCCUCUGCAUUUCAAAGCGGAUUUUUCUGUGAAAAUUACAUCUAAUCGAGCUACGAAGUGUAGAAAGUGCUCUCUAAAGUGUUUAAUAGCUGAAAAACUAAAAGUUAGGUGAUAAUUCGCGUUAUUAGGAAGGGAUUUUGCAGCGAAAAAAAGUUUGCUGCGGGCACCCAAACAUCGCAUCGCUUUUAUAGUUUGAUUAAAGUGAAAUUUAUACUAAAGCGAAGUUGCUGCUUGGUGGAAUGGGCAAAGACAUUGACCCGGCUGAUAUUGGCAAGUAUCCCGAUCUGAUUCGCAAGGCGCAAUCCGAGAUGACGCAGAGUGAUGUACUGGUCUGCGGACGCUGCCACAGCGUGUUCCACUUUGUCGAGCUGUUCAAGGAGCAUAAGGAGCAAGAACAGUGCCGCAAGGAAUCUACACUGAAGGAUUGUCGUGAAACGAAAGCCAAAGUUUGGGCUUUUCUGUUGUGGAAGGCAGCCCAACUGAGCGUAGAUUCGGCCGGAAAUGUUAACUCCUGGAAGUUGUACCAGACUUGGGUCAAACUGGAGGAGUCGGUCAGGGAAACAUGGAUCGUAGCUGGCCGAACGAUCCAGUCAUUCGCAAGGAUGGGACAAGGCAGUUUGCAGGAGAUGCCGGUUAAAAUUACCAAAACUAUAAUUGAAAGUGGACCCGAUGAUAAGAAGCCAGUCGUUAGUCAGUCAGGCGCUACUGCAACCCCCAACCGCGUGGUUCCUCCUCGCAAACCGGACAUCAAGACUACCCCGCCAGUGGUAAGUUCCGCUUCAACUACGGACGCUAAGAAAGCUCCUAUUAUUUCUUCUACGGUGAAAAAACCAGAUCCGCUUGCUGCCAACAAGAAUGUCGGGAAACGAUCCGUCGCCAAGCGCACUACUCCUGGCAGCGGUGAAGUCGUCGAGGAGGAAGUCGAAAAAAUCUUGGCCAAACGGUUCAACCCUCGGCGUAAGGAACACGAGUAUCUGGUCAAAUGGUCCAAGUUUGCGCACGAUCAAAACACGUGGGAACCACUGAUCCAUCUGCAGACAUGUCAAAGCGUAUUGGAGUACUUCGAAGUUCAACUGGCAAAACAAAAAGAGCAACGGGCAGCUGCUGCCGCUCGAACCUUACAGCAGCAGCAAGCUGAGAAGGCUAAAACACCCGCGGUAACAACCACGACUCAAUCAUCGACGAGUUCUAUGACGGCUGUGGCUGUGGCCAAACCACCAGCUGCAGUUACAGUGACGCCUAACACACCCUCCGCAACGCCUAUAGUUGUUCCUUUGGCUCAAAGUUCUCCUCUUACGGGAAGACCCGCACGAAGUUCUAAGAUGAAUGCAAUGGAUAAGGUCAAACAAUGGGUUGGUAGCACGAUGGCAGCCGGCAGUGGCAGUUCCGACAAUGAAGAAGCGGCAGCAUCUAAACGAAAAAUUAGCGAGAGUGACUUUGAAACGGAAGAAGAUGGUCUGAAGAAAUUUAAACCAGAGACCUCAAACGUUGGUCAGGUUAUGGGUAAACCAGAGCAACAUGCAACAGCAUCCGGGGUUAAAAUAAUCCCGAUCGGAUCAAAGUCUCCGGUAAAAGUGGUCAACGGUAUCGGUGGAACGUCGACGAAAAAGGAUGAAGGUAAUGCAGCGGAGGUGAUUGUAAAGUCGACCAAGGAUGGUACUGCAAGUGGAGUUGUGAAAAAACCUGGUUUCACAAGCGCGAAAAAUGCAUCCGGUGGAGAGGCAAAGGUGCAGAUCGUAAAUAGAGGUGAUGCCUCCAAGCAGGGCGUCUUUAAAGUUAACUCUAACACGCCUUCACCACAAACUUCACCGGCUGCUGUUGCAAGUAAACCUCAGCCGCCGCUAACUACAACGACUACUACCACUCGCAUUGUUCGCAAGAACAUUGGUGGAACCCAGCAGUUGGUCAAACAGGUUGUUAGAACAACCAUUCCCAUUCAGCCAACUACUGCUAUGGCCCAGCAACGCCAGCCAGCUCAGAAACUCAAUAUUCCAACUCAAUCGACGGCUCCGAUUCCGAAAGUAACAACCAACGUUAUUCAGCGCAAUUCUCUUUCACCGAAACAAUCGCCUCCACUUAACAGAGGACAGCCAUUGCGGAACGUCCGCAGUACUCCAGUUACAAAGACCAGUACUACAUCGGAACAGAAGAUAAACGCUUUGCGUAAGCAAGGCUUGAACAUCGUUAAACGUGUUGUGUCUCCGGCUGUGUCUGCCGAGCCAAAACCGGCCCCUCCACCAGUACAACGUAACGAAGAGGAAGACGAUGGAGUGCCAGACCCAUUCCCAAAUAUCCCCGUACAGAUUCCACCAUCUCCACCAAGAGCCCUUACGUUAUGUCCGGUCACUGGAAAGGUACUGUCUCAAGCCGAAGGGGAACCAACUCCAGUUCCAAGCCCAGAAGCAGAGGACGACAAAAUGAAAUCGAAAAAGCCAGGUGAAGAGCAGCACGAGCAAGAACAAGACACACAGGUACAGCAGAUUUUGACCAACGAGGAUGGCUCGCCGAUUAUUGUUGCUGGAGAGGAUGGAACUUUGUAUCAGGUUGCUGGAAAGAAUGCAGAAGGACAGACCAUUCUGAUUGCCCAGGGUGCGGACGGGGAACAGCAGUGUGUCUUAGUGGCCGCACAAGAAGGAGAAAGCGAAGGAGUUCUCACGCUCGACGCAGCCGUUUCGGAAGCCGUCACACAUAUGGAAGUGCCCCAAGAGGGCCAGCUGACGGAAGAACAGUCUGCACAGUACAAAUUGCAGGAAGGUGUUGACCCUAACCAGCAGCUAACGAUUCAAACUGAAGAUUCCCAGGAUGGCCAAAUUACCGCGGAAGUUGUUCAAGCUGAUCAACCAUCACCGGGUGGCACGCGACGAGUGGUUCUACUGUUACCGGACGGAAGUUUUAUGAUGACCGAGGUGAACGACGAACAGUAUCAGUCGUUGAAUUUGGUGAACUGAACUAACUCGUAAUUUUCUUCGAGUCGAAUAUGUGACGUUAUUAUAUAUUAUAAUUUAUAAGUUCGUAGGUUAAGCUGCGCAAAUGUGUCUAGCUUUAAAUAUUUUAUUUCUCUUCGGACAUUCAUAUCAUGCUUCAAACAGAAUUACACAAUUUGUACAGAAAAUAUGUACGUUAAGCACUAAGAGAAACGGUCGGAAACGAAGUAUAUACCUAUCGUCUCGUCUUUUAUAUAUUUAUGAUAUGCUUUUCUUUUCUUGGGAAAUGAUUGUUUCUAGGAAUUCAGGCUAAUAAACAGUACAGUACACAUUCGAUUGUUGAUAUAAACGAUUGCGUCAGAUAGAUAUCUUGAAAGGAUGUUGAUAACUUCUACAUUUCUUCUGUAGAGUAAAAAUAGAGUUUGUUUGGCGGUGUCAAGUUUGUUCUAGGGCAGCACGAACUUAACACAGAUAUAGCAAAUAGCAUUGUGUAGGGCUUGAAAUUGUGUAGAAAUAAUUCGCAAGCCACUUAAUUUUCUCUAUCGUUUGAAUUAAACUUUGCGAGAAAGCAUAAUCGAAAUUUUCCUAAUUACAAUAAAUAAAAUGCAA